AUGGGCCAUGACCCACUGGCAGGUCAGAUAGCUACACUCCCUCGCGGGAGGCCAGUCGCCGGCGCCGUGGACAAAGAGAAGUUGAACGUCACGUCCGAAAUCGAUCGCUUCGUGCGUGUGAACAAAUUGGAGGAACGCUGCGAGAAGAUCCUCCGAGAUUUGGACGCGCCGUUGGCAUUCAAGGUCAUGGGCCUCUCGGGCGGCACCAACACCUUCGAACUCAGCGGCGACGUGCGCGACCCCACGGCCGUGGUGCUGGCGCGGAUCCGCAAGGCGCAGUUCGCUCGAGACGUUCAGCCACAAGGGAAUCGCCGUCGAAGGAGAUCCAGCUCUAGAAGUCGCUAG